AUGUCGGAGGGAAAGAGAGAGCACCCGAGGCUGAUUCUGCACAAUUUCCUCUCACCGGAAGAGUGCAAAGAGCUUGAAUUCAUACACAAGAGUUGCAGUACUGUUGGGUACAGACCAAAUGUCUUCUCCACUACUCUCUCUCACCUCAUCGCCACCGAUUCUCCUCACUUAAUCAUCCCUUUCAUCUCCAUUCGAGAUAGAUUGAAAGAGAAAAUGGAGGAAACAUUUGGAUGUGAGUAUGAGCUGUUUAUUGAAUUCACAGGUUUAAUUAGUUGGUGCAGAGGAGCGAGCAUUGGUUGGCACAGUGAUGAUAACAGACAAUAUCUGAAACAAAGGGAUUUCGCGGCAGUUUGUUACUUGAAUAGCUAUGAGAAAGAAUUCAAAGGCGGGCUUUUUCGUUUUCAGAGUGGGGAACCAGCAACUGUUGCUCCUUCUGCUGGAGAUGUUAUCAUGUACACAGCUGAUGACCGGAAUAUUCAUUCUGUUGAUGAGGUAACAGAUGGAGAAAGAUUGACUCUUGCGCUAUGGUUUAGCCGGGAUUCAUCACAUGACGAGGAUUCCAAGCUUGUUUCCCGUCUUUCACAAUGCCUAUCUCAUCAGCCCAGUAGCAAAUCACAUGAGUUUUGCCUCCCUUUGCCUGCCUCCUCUAACAUGUACUGGUUCUGCUCUAAUCAAAACACAGGUUUUGAUAUUUGCGUUGCAAGGUUGCAUCUUCUUGGUUUCAACAUACACAGCUUACAAGACAAAGAUCAUUCUCCAGAUGCCUCAGAACAGCUUAUGGGACCGUUACAAAUAGCUAAAGGAGAAGAGUUGCUCAUCCGGAAAUUUACCAACAUUCUUCAUGCACUUCAGGUUGUUCAGUUCUACCAUUGGAAAGCUUCCGAACUCAAGACUUCAAAUGUGGAAGAUGGCACUGUAAAAGAGGUGAAAGCUAUAUCCCAACCGCAGUUGGAAACUAUCAAUGCCUUGAAAUCAGUCUUCCUGCCAGACGAGGGCCUCGUAACUACAACUUUUGGAUAUCCAUGCUAUAAAGAGGACCAGAAGGAUUCACUCGGCUUGAAGGAUAUAUCAAUCGCAAUUACCUCUUGGGAAGAAUAUACCUGUAAGUUACUGAAGGAGCUAUUAUCGUCUUUGCCUCAAUGGAAAACUUAUCAAACUAUACACAAAGUUGAAUCUGAUUAG